UAGAAUUUCAUGUUGUAAUAGAUGCGUUUUCGGAUGUUGCGACAAUGUCGUCAUACCUGGUUGCUUCCUGUCUUCUACUCGCACUGUCUAGCAUGCAGCCGAGCGGGGCGGAGGGCUACCUCGAACCACCGGUCAUGCCACAAUUUAUGAGUCCGCAGCGGCCUGGCAAUGAAAACUUCCCACCGAACACGGUAGUAGCCCCGGUUGCGGCGAACGUCGGGCUACAAUAUCAGCCCUGGUCCGGCUCGGAUGCAGAUGACUUGGAAUAUCCGACAGUAAACGUGCACUACAACUUCGAACCGAAAGACUGGAACAAGAAGAGAGACGAGCUACGCGAUAGAAUCGCUUUUGAUCGAGAGAAAAAUAAAUUCUUGGCCAACGCGGAUCAGGACCAGGUGGACCUUCAAGAUGUGAUAGAAGGCCAAAACGCGCAGCUGCAAGGGAUGACUGCUUUGCUUGUUGAGGAAGCAAUGGAAGCAAAGAAUGCAGCUGCUGGAGUCGUCGCGAAGAAAAUCCCGGAGGGUGUCAAAACAGGAACGGCACUGGGAACAAGCGCGAUGGAAAGCAUCGAACCCCGUCUGAAUGGUAUGUACACCCCUGCCAAAAAUAAAAUGAAGUCCUUCUCCGGCUCGCACAUUCGGAGCUAUUCGGCGACACGUGACAUUUUCGAGCAUUUGGCAGACGAGUUUGCUGCUAUGUGAACGGGAGCUACCAAUACAAAUCUGACAAGUUCAGUUGUGCUAGUGAUGACAUACUUUGCCCACGCCUUUGUGCUAUCGGCCGUCUACGGGCCCUCGCCUUGGGCAUGCCACAAGGGGGAUUCC